AUAGAAAAGGCGAGGAACCUAUAUAAGUCGGGUGCCCACCCGACGGUGCACUUUCUGUCGCCAGCACCGCCCGCCUUUUCCCGGCCCGCCUUUGGAAGCCUUCGACAGUUGCCAGGAUGUCCAUGACCGAUGUGCUCAGCGCGGACGACAUCAAGAAGGCGGUGGGAGCCUUUGCAGCUGCUGACUCUUUUAACCACAAGAAGUUCUUUGAAUUGGUGGGGUUGAAAAAGAAGAGCCAUGACGAUGUGAAGAAAGUUUUCCACAUUCUGGACAAAGAUCAAAGUGGCUACAUUGAGGAGGAUGAACUGAAGUUCGUAUUGAAGGGUUUUACCGCUGAAGGCAGGGACCUCUCUGAUAAAGAAACUAAGGCAUUCUUGGCUGCUGGAGAUAAAGAUGGAGACGGCAAAAUUGGUGUUGAUGAAUUCACAACCUUGGUGGCUGAAUCAUAAAGGCGUCGACCAAUCCAAACCCUUCGUUCACCCUUCACCGCCUGAUUCCAACUGUUCUCUGCUGACCUCCUUGGUUCCUCUUCUAUUUAUUUAUGUUGUUUUAUACUCCAACUCUGCUCUCUGCAGCUCUGCAACUCUGUAAUUGCGCUGAAAGAUGCUGUUAAAAUAAUAAAGGUCACAUCAAUCUGG